AUGGCUGCUCCACAAACCCAAUCUGACGAUUCUUUUAACUUCGAAAAUUUCCAGAAAAUCCUCACUCGGCCAUAUGUAAAUUCGAACUUCCUUGCAUCAGCCGAUGCCGAACUUAAUGAGUUCAAUUUGGGACCUUCAUUCAAUAACGCCGAAACUAUCGAACAAGUGGCGAUAGGCCAACUGUUCCCUUGUACUCAAGGCCCUCCAUUCCUGAACUCUUUGCCUCUGAGGUCGAUUCGCGAAAAAGAGGCUCCCAUGGGUUUGCCCGUUGUGGCAGAGUCUUCUCGCCCUGACAAGGGUUUGGCUGCACAGAUGAAAGAGCUUCAAGUAAGGAUGGAUGACUGCAAGGCGAGAAUGACACUGGAGUUGAUCUUAGACAAGCUUCAGAAGAAGGAUAUAUAUGGUGUGUAUGCAGAACCGGUCGAUCCAGAAGAGCUUCCUGAUUAUCAUGAUGUGAUAAAGCAUCCAAUGGAUUUUGCCACCGUGAGGAACAAGCUGGGAAAUGGAGCAUAUGAAACUUUGGAGCAAUUCGAGAGUGACGUUUUUCUGAUUUGCUCAAAUGCCAUGCAAUACAAUGCCCCAGAUACCAUAUACCAUAAACAGGCACGCACUAUCCAAGAGCUAGCGAAAAAGAAAAUUCAAAAGAUAAGGAUAAAUAAUGAAAGCUCAGAGAAGGAGCUCAAGCCGGAACAUGAUAUAAGUACGAGAUCAAGCUCUAUUUUGAAGAAGCAAAUAAAGAGAACAGUGAGCCGGACAGUGCAGGAACCUGUUGGUUCCGAUUUCUCAUCUGGGGCCACUCUUGCAACAGGUGAAGAUGUGCAAAAUGUUUCAAAUGCACUUCAUUUUGGUGGAUCGGAGAGGCCUGGUAGCAUAGAUGGGCUUGUUGAGGGAAAUUCUUCCUUGAAUGACACCAAUUUAGAUAAGGGAGAAGAAUCACUUCUAGGAAGGGGUCCACUAUCUAGAUUUGGUAGGAAAUUGGCCAUACAUGAUGAGAACCGUCGUGCAACAUAUAACAUAUCAUUCGCGCAGCUAGUAGCCAGUUCAGAAUCUAUAUUCUCGACUUUUGAGGGGGAAAUGAAGCAGCUGAUUCCUGUAGGACUUUAUACUGAUUACUCAUAUGCUAGGAGUCUGGCUCGAUUUGCUGCAACUCUUGGGUCCGUUGCAUGGAAUGUUGCUUCACAGAGGAUUGAGAAAGCACUGCCUCAAGGAUUGAAAUUUGGUCGUGGUUGGGUCGGAGAGUACGAGCCUCUUCCAACCCCCGUGUUAAUACUGGAAAAUUGCACCGUGAAGGAACCAACAUUUUUUGCAAAAAUAGAGCAUACUACUGAUCGAAGAAAGGUUGAGAGAAACUUCAAAACCUCAGAUUCU